AUGGUUGGUUUGUUGGAGUUUAGCAGCGAAGAGAAAGAGCCCGCGGAGGACAAUUUGCGCGAUUCGCGCGCAGAGGAACCGCGGAAAGAACAGCAGGCGGCGUCGCCAGUGAUUACGUGGCAGCUCGUGGUCGGCCUGGUUCUGCGGCACAAGCUGCGGCUGGUCGGGCUGGCCGUGGGUCUCAUCGCGGGGACGACGUGCAACGUCGUGCUGCCGCGCAUCAACGGUAACUUCGUGCAGGCGCUCGUGUCGCCCGUGCCCGUGCCGCUGGCGCAGCUGCUGCUGCCGAUCGCGUCGAUCUACGUGUUGGAGCCGGCGGCGACGCUGCUGUUCGUGUCGUCGCUCUCCGCCGUGUGGGAGGCCGUCAUGGCCGCCGUCAGGGUCCGCGUCUUCCGCCGCCUUCUGCUGCAGAAGGUGGCGUUUUACGACGCGCACAAGGUGGCGGGGCUGAGCGGCGUGCUGUCGUCGGAGCUGUCGUUCAUGGACAAGGCCGUCACCGACAACGUCACGCGCGACCGCGGCCUCCGCUCCAUCUGCGAGGUGGUGUCGACGCUGGUGAUUCUGUUCUUCAUAGCGCCGGAUCUAGCGCCGGUGUUUUCGCUGCUGGCGGUGGGAAUAUCGCUGAUGGCGGGCAUCUACAAGCGCGGCACCAUGCCCGUGCGGUCGUUUGGAGGCGAGGCGCGGCAGCUGGCGCGGUUUGCAGGCUACGUGGCGGAGGCGCAGGAGACGGGCACUCGGCUGAGCGUGCUCAAGUCGACCAAUGAGGCGCUGACACGUGGCUGCGUGUACAUCUCCCUCAUGUGUGUCUACAUCUUGGGCGGCCACAAAGUCCAAAUGGGCGUGAUGCCAGCGGGCACGGUGCUGGCCUUCGUGGGCUACACCUUCCUCCUCACCUUCGCAAUCCAGGGGCUGGUGAACACCAUGGCGGACAUACAGAACGCCCUCUCGGCAGUGGCGCGCAUCAACGCCCUCCUCUCCUCCUCGCCCCCAGAACCCAACCUCUCCAUCCCCGAACCGCUCCCGGACCUCACCGUGCUGAUCUCUCCCUCCCUCCACCCCUUGCCCCGAGCCGGCUGCCGUGGGGGCGGCAGGAAGGGCAGCGGGAGAAGUGGAGGAAAAGGAGGGGCUGCGUGUGAGCUGGCGUGGACGGGCGACAUUGAGUUCAGUGAUGUGCACUUUGCCUAUCCGCAGCGGGCGGCAGUGGAGGUGAUAAAGGGCAUCAAUCUCGUGCUGCCACGUGGCAGCGUCACAGCGCUCGUGGGCGGCAGCGGUGCGGGCAAGUCCACCGUCGUGCAACUGCUCUCCCGGUUCUAUGAGCCGGUAGCGGGCACGAUAUCACUGGCGGGCGAGGACAUAGCAUCGUUCGACCGCACGCAGUGGACGCGCGCCGUCUCCCUCGUCAGCCAGGAGCCCGUGCUCUUCGCCAUGUCCGUGCGCGAUAACAUUGCCUACGGCCUCCCUGAUGCUGACGUGCCAGAGGCCAACGUCAUCAGGGCUGCGAAGGCUGCCAACGCGCACGAGUUCAUCAUGAAGCUGCCCCAGGGCUACGACACGAUGGUGGGGGAGAGGGGUGGGCUACUCAGUGGCGGGCAGAGACAGCGGCUGGCAAUAGCGCGGGCGAUACUGAAGGACGCGCCGAUUCUGAUUCUGGACGAGGCCACGAGUGCACUUGACAGCGUGUCAGAGCGACUCGUGCAGCAGGCACUGGAAGGGCUCAUGCAGGGCCGCACAACGCUGGUGAUAGCGCAUCGGCUGAGCACAGUGCAGGCGGCACAUCAGAUCGUGGUGAUGGCGGCCGGUAGGCUCGUGGAGAGGGGUACUCACGCCCAGCUCGCGGCACAGGGAGGUGCAUAUGCUACGCUUGUUAAUGCGCAGCACUUGACGUUCGAAUAA